UUUAUAUCGUUCGGAGUGUGGUUUGUGAAUCGAGAGAGAGAUGAGGACGACGGUGAUGGUGUGUGUUUCUCUAUUCGUAUGGCUUUCCACUUCAACUCCUUCGUCUCUUGCACAGGAAAUCCAGAACACUGAUCAUCCUCCAGCUUCAAGAAAUCUUAAGCAAGAACAAGAGCAUGCCCCUGAAGUACAUUGUUCAAGGGAAAGAAGUAGGGCAGCUUCGAAAAUUAUCGAGGAGUAUUUAAUGCCAUUUGUGGAACAAGAAAAGUAUCAGAUCCCAAGUAAGUGUAGACUCCAUCCUGACAAUGAUAUCUUUAGGGAUCAGGAGCAGCACAAGAUUCAUGUGGACAUAAAUGAAUGGCGCUGCGGAUACUGUAAGAAAAUCUUCCGAGCAGAGAAAUAUCUUGAUCAACAUUAUGACAACAGACACUACAAUCUUCUGAAUGUUAGUCAGAGCAAGUGCUUGGCAGAUUUAUGUGGGGCUUUGCAUUGUGACCUCGUGGUUGAUAUAACUUCAAAACCUCGUAAAACCAGAUGCAACCCUGCAGCGGCUAAAAGGAACCUCCACUUGUGUGAGAGUCUCGCAGAUAGUUGUUUUCCUUCUAAUCAGGGUCCCUCAGCAACUCGUCUUCAUGAAUUGUUCUUGCACCAAUUCUGUGAUGCUCAUACCUGCUCAGGAAAGCGAAAUCCCUUCUCCAGAGGAGGCAGGAAGCAUACAAGCAUUUUCUACUUGGCUAUUUCAGUAUUAACCUUGAUGCUGCUACCUAUCUUCUAUCUUAUUGUUUAUUUGUACCAAAGGGAAAUGAAAAGGGGAACCCAAGAGCUGAAGCGCAUCUCACAAAUUGGACGAAAAACAAAGCCCUCUUAGUGGGUCUACGUUUUUGGAACCAUUAACGAGGACAACAACGAUGGGUAAUGACAAAAUCAUUCAUUGUGAAGACUAAUGUCUCAAUCUGACGUCAUGGAUCCCCUCACCAAAUUGCAUUUGUCAAUGGAAGCCUCAGGUCAGCAGAUUCGCUUGGUAAACUUGCUCCAUUUAUUGGUGAUGUAGCAUUCCUGCAUCCCAACAUUAUGGCAUUUAUUUUAUACUGAAUUUAAGACAAUACAGGUACAUUUUUCUGAUGAAUACGAUUUUUUGUAGUUAUGAUCUAGCCCUUUUGUCUUUGAACUUGAUAGUCGAAUUGGUUGAAUUGACUUGGCUCUAGAAUGUAUUGGUAUAGAUGCAGAUAAUUUUUAGGGAUAGUUACCAUGCGAUCCUUUUUAUUA